AUGCGUAACAUCAACGAUGACAUUGACUAUCUUUCUGUUGAAGAGAAGCCAAGCUUGAAAGGAGUUAAAAGCGACCUCAAAAAAGGCAAAGCUUUACAACAAUGCAUGCUGAAGAUGUGGACGAAACACUUUCACACAGCAACAAUUAUGAAUCAAUUUGAAGCCAUUACAUGUCCGUUUUUUAUGCCAGCAGAAGAGACUCAUGGUGCUUCGUUUGCUCGCCUCCUUACUGCUGUACUUUCGCUCAAACGUGUAGUGCUUCUCAAUUACACGAAGCUUAACAGGCUUCUUCAGCCUAAAUACAACCAUGAGAUAGAGAUGAUGCGGUUUUCUAUUGAUAAUGAAGAUCUUCUGCUACGUUCCGACAGCUCUGCUGGCUUAGAUUUGCAAGACAAGCAGAAUAUGGGUAACUUAGUGGUUGACUGCAUUGAUAACGCUUUGGAAGAGGAAAUGUCAACAGCCAUUAAAGAUGCUUAAGAUAGAAAAAAAAAUAUUCUUUCCUUUGCCCAACUGGGAAGAUUUCAUUAUGGAAAAAGUUGCAAAGAAACGAAAGAGAGAAUAAACUUUACUGAAUAAAUGUUUAACUAUCCUUUCACAUAUAAUGAUUAUCUAUUUAUGAUUUAGAAUUAAGAAAGAGUAUUUGCAUUAAACAGUCUGAUAUAUCCAGUUACUUUAAAAGACUUAUAUAAAAAAUAAAAUAAGACAGUAAAAUGACCAGAC